AUGACUUCGCAGCAGGUGCCUCAGCUCAACAUCGACCGCUACGUCGUGAUCCACGUUGCGACCACCUGCGAUGAACACGGAGUAUAUGUGACCAAGGAUUCCGCCGAGGUCAUUGAGCUUGGCUGGAUUCUCAUUGAUGGCCACUCUCUUGAAGAGAUUACCCACGAGAGCGUUCUUGUCAAGCCCGUUAACACUCCCAUCACUCCACUCUGCACGAGCCUAACGACUCUGACAUGGGAACAUGUUCGAAAUGCCGGUACUUUUAGGGAUGCCAUUACCCGAUUCGACACGUUUGCCACCGAGUACCUGACGUCCAAGAAUCUCGACUUCGUCUUCGUUACUUUGGAUGCUUGGGACCUCCGAGUUCAGCUCCCUCGAGAAGCCCGCGACAAGGCAGUCGUGCUGCCUCCUUAUCUGCAGCACUCUCGCACCUUCGAUCUGCGAACUGAAUACCAACGCUGGCAACAGCACCACCCAGAGUCUCUGCCCUUUGGACCUUCCAUGCUGUCAAACAUCUGCGCCGCUCUUGAGGUCGAGCCAGUGCAGUCCAGCGCUCCUAUCAAACACAAUCUGCCUUUCCAUCUCCAGGCUUUGGCUCCCGCCUCUCCCCGCCGUGCCAUGGAGGAGGCCGUUACCCUAGCUCGAGUUCUCCGUGGUCUGAUUCGCAAGUCUCAGCCGCCGCACGACCAUCCCGACGUUUUGACCAGGCCUAUGGAUGCCAGGGCGGAUGUCCGGGCGUUCCUCUCUGAGAGAAGCAAGGUCCUGCACAUGUCUGGUCUGCCGCAUGAUACUACCCAGUCUGAGCUGGAGAGCUGGUUCACCCAGUUUGGUGGUCGCCCUAUUGCAUUCUGGACACUUCGAACCCCUGAGCAGCACAAGCCCACCGGCACAGGUUUCGCCGUCUUCUCUUCCCAUGAAGAAGCUGCCGAGAGCUUGUGCAUGAACGGACGUGCACUAAACGAGAAAGCUAUUGAAGUUUCCCCCUCUUCCAGCCGUGUGCUGGAUCGCGCUCAAGACAUUUUGACACCUUUCCCUCCCAGUAAGAACCGCCCCAGGCCUGGUGACUGGACUUGCCCCUCUUGCGGCUUCUCCAACUUCCAGCGCCGCACAGCUUGCUUCCGUUGCUCGUUCCCUGCCGUUGGAAGCGGUGGGCCUGCUGAAAUGGGAGGACCUGGUGGCUAUGGAUAUCAAUAUGGACCUCCAGCCAUGAUGCCCCCUCCGCACCACGGUGGUCACCACGGCCCUAUGGGACACGGUGGACGUAUGGGCGGCGGCGGUGUUGUGCCUUUCCGCGCCGGUGACUGGAAGUGCGGGAAUGAAGUUUGUGGAUACCACAACUUUGCGAAGAAUGUCUGCUGUCUUCGCUGUGGUGCCAGUCGCGCUGGUGCUGCCGUUGUUGCGGACUCUGGCUAUCCUUCUCCCAUGGACAAUGGCUCACAGUAUGGCAUGAGCCAAGGAUCAAUGGGAGGUACGCCAGGUCCUGGCCCCUUUGGUUCCGGAGCAUCUUUCGGAUCCGGAGGCGGCUACGGCCAGCACUUUGGUGGUCCCCCUAGCCACUUUCUGCCCUCGGGUUUGGGUGGCGGCGCUGGCGGCUACCCGGGCUCUUUGAACUCUCAGGGCUUCCCUUCUGCCCCAGGUUCGCAUUCUGCCGGCCCCUUUGACAGUAGGGCUGCAGAGGCGGCUUUCCAGUCUGCGACCAACGGUCCUGUCUCUGGCGGGCCCGGCAAUAACUUUUACAACAACAACAGCGGCAACCCUGGCAACAAUGAAAGCGACCCCUUUGCUUUCCUGAGCAGUGGUAUCGGUGGCCUCACUGUCAGUGGCGACGCUCGCCAAAAUGGUGCCGGCGCUACCCCAAGCAAGUCACCCGUCUAA